AUGCUGGAGGAAGCUAGACAUCGUCGUCCACGACAACAAGACUGGGGGAGUUCAUCGUCCAGAGACACGAGCGAAAGUUUCAAUUCAACUCCGUCGAUGCCAUCCCAACAGAGUGAUACAACAGCAAGAGCGACCCUUUCAGACGAAGAACUGCUGCAGCGCGCUCGAGCUGCGUACGCGGAUGAAGACUUUGCGUCGUUGGCGGCCGGUCCAGCAGCUAAUGGCCCCUGGGUUCGUCGCGUGCGCAGCGUCGACCGCUUCGUUGUGUUCCGACGAGACUUUGCGGAGGGCAACAACGGCAUUCAGAAUGAAUUGGAUGUGCUGUGUGCCGGUCGCAUGGAUACCAGCAUCCAGGAAGUGGCGAGUAUCCUUCGCUCGAGCUCAGAGAUGGAGCACAAUGCGUCAAUGGCGGCGCUGUACGCCAAGAGCUUCAUCUUCGGCUCGUACGAGCGCGAAGUGUACUGCUCGCAGCAAGGCAAUCAGUCGGAGAGCAGUGGCGAGCGACUCAUCAUUAAGACCAAGACAUUCGCGCGCACGACGAUGCUGGGGCGUAACGAGCAGUGGUGCUACUACGACUACUUUCUACGCAAGACCGAGCGCGACGGCUUCACCAUCUCCAAGCGCGCUCUACCCCCAAUGGAGUCCGUCCCGGGGCGGAUCGUCGGAGAGAACGCUCACGUCGACCAGCUCCAUGGCCUGAACGCCUCGUACUUGGUCGACAGACCGCCGAGUCAAAAGGGACUGCGCGUAGUUUUCCACGCGUGGUUCGAUCUGCCAGAGGAGGGGCCUCUUUGCAGCAGCCAAAGCGCGGCGGAUAGCAGCAUGGAUCGCCACAAUUCCACUUCAAGCUCAAAGUCGAGCCCAGGCUCCUUGAUGUCCUCGAAAUCGCUCGAGUAUCGAGACGCCAGCAAGCACAAGGCUCAAAUGCGCCGCUUACUUGCCAUUGCCAAUGGCGUCACGAAUCUCCCGGAGCUCAUUCGCCGUCGUCGCUUCGGAGUGCAGAUCCCCGCCAGUUCCAGCUCACCACAAGGCUCGAACUCGCGUUGUCCAUGCUGCACUCACAGCUUGGCGCCUGUCAAGCUGACGCUAGUGAAGGCAGCUUCGGCCAUCAAGAGCCGCAGCUUGACUCCGUUGAAGAUGGAUACGAAACGCUGCUACCUGUGUGGUUACCUCGUCUGCUUCGAUUGUUGGAGCGUUGAGCACAUGGAGAGCGUUUCUGGUCGCGUGGCCUCCAUUGUGGUCUGUACUCGAUGCAACGCUAAUGUUCAAGCAUGUGAAUACUCCGAGGUGGUCUCUGGGACGGCUGCCAAACGUGCAAAACAUCGAGGGCCGCCCCGUGUAGUCGAGGACUCGAACAACAACUCCACCGUCUCGCUACUGGUGGACUUCCUUUCAGCCUCGGCCUUGAAUUCGACUGCGGGGAGUCCAGAGCACGCCGCGGUGGUGGCUGUCAUUCGAGCGCUUCUUCGACAGGAGAACUCCGAUACUUUCGACCAAGAUGAGGACGAAAACUAUGCUGAGUAUGAAGAUACGGCGCCAUGUUUCAAGGAAUUGGAAGAUACAUUACAAGCCGAGGAGCAGAUACCAACGCUGGCAGCUUGCAGUCUGGGGAACGCAGAGCAACGGAGCUACCCAAUUGAUCUCCCGGAAGACCCCACAGUUGACGUCCCUCGCUAUCCAAUUCCUAGCAACGAAGCCGAUCGUAUUGCGGCUGCGAAGACGUCCGGAUUGCUUCAACUUGCUGAUCGGCUCGCACCAGCGACGCCUGGGCCAGAGCUCUGGCAGCCGACACCCGACACCCACGACCUGAACUUGCUCUACCAAUUGGCUGCGAAGACUUUGGACUGCGAGUACUCGUUCGUGGCGAUUAUGUGUGCCAAGCACGAGCAUUUCCUGGCUGAAAACCACCCACUUCUCGCUGGUACAGUCGUCCCCAGGGAGAUCACGACCUGCCAGCAUGCGCUGAUGUCUCCGUAUCCGUUCAUGGCUAUUCACCACGAAGCGGACGUGCACUUCCACAAGCUCAGCACUAUCGCCCAGCUCAACAUCCGAUUCUACCUGGGGUUCCAACUUAAAGUACCGAUUGAAGGGGGUGAAGGAGUCACGGUGGGGAUGUUCUGCUGCAUUGACUCCAAGCCCCGAGCGGAGAUCACUCGAACGCAGUACGUCACGAUGAAGCGCCUUGCUAGUACAGCCACGUACUUCUUGCAGCGAAAAGGCCGCCAAGUGUUGGAACAGCAACACCUCCCGGUAGAUUAG